AAUCACCUCUGGGAUUUUUAUGUUUUCUUAAACAAACCAAAAACCACUGAAAAUUGUGAAAAAAAAAACCCGUUUUUUCUUAGUUUUUGUUAUACAAUUUUGUAAAUAGGUGAUUUUUCUCCUUCACUGAUGUGCGCUAAUGAGGCUGCAGUGAUGGCCACUGAUAGGUUGCACUGAUGGACACUGAUGAGGAGGCACUGGUGGUGGCACUGAUUGGCAGCACUGAUAGGUGGGACUGAUUGGCAUUGAUAGG